AUGUCACUGGUUUUUAUAAGGAAGAUUGGUGCUCAUCAUAAUCACAGCUCUGGUGCUCUCAACUAUGGUCACUACUCGGUCCUCCUCGAUGAUAUCACCAUGGACGAUAGCACCCACUCUAUCUACCUUGCUGGCACCAACUGGGCUGAAUUCUCUGGCAAAACCUCCAAUGAUGGAAAGUGCUCCGGAACUGCUUCGUCAGAAAACUGA